GCUGGCCGCGCCGGGGGGGUCGGGUAUGGGGCACCAGGUAAGCGAAUCUCUCUCUCCCCCAGCUGCGUCGGGGUGGAAGAGGACGCGGCCGCUGACAUCGACCUGUAUCACUGCCCCAACUGCCAGCUGGCGCAUGGCCCCUCCGUCAUGAAGCGGCGCCGGGGGCCCCAGAGGCAGCAGGACGCGGGGCUGAGCCGAGAGGCGGGCACCACGGUGCGGACGGGCAGUGCCCAGUUCAUAAAGGAGCUUCGGGCCCGGACGUUCCCCAGCGCGGACGAGGUGAUCCUGAAGCCCAGCGGGGCACAGCUGACGGUCGAGUUCUUGGAGGAGAACAGCUUCAGCGUCCCCAUCCUGGUGCUGAAGAAGGAGGGGCUGGGCAUGACGCUGCCCCCCCCGUCCUUCACCGUGCGCGACAUCGAGCACCACGUGGGGCCCGACAGAGAGAUCGAUGUGAUCGACGUGAGCCGCCAGGCCGACCUCCGCAUGCGCCUGGGCGACUUCGUCAGCUACUUCUGCGCCGCCCGGCGGGACAAGGUGCUGAACGUCAUCAGCCUGGAGUUCUCCGAGAGCCGGCUGUCGAACCUGGUGGAGACCCCGAAGAUCGUGCGGAAGCUGUCGUGGGUGGAGAACCUGUGGCCGGGCGAGUCGGUGUUCGAGCGGCCGAGCGUGCAGAAGUACUGCCUGAUGGGCACGCAGGGCAGCUACACCGACUUCCACAUCGACUUCGGGGGCACCUCCGUGUGGUACCACGUGCUGUGGGGCGAGAAGAUUUUCUACCUGGUGCGGCCAAGCCCGGCCAACCUGGCCCGGUUCGAGGCCUGGAGCAGCUCGUCCAACCAGAGCGAGACCUUCUUCGGGGACCAGGCCGAGCACUGCUACCGGUGCCCGCUGCGCCAGGGCCAGACGCUCUUCAUCCCGACGGGCUGGAUCCACGCCGUGCUGACCCCCGUCGACUGCCUGGCUUUCGGGGGCAACUUCCUGCACAGCCUCAACAUCGAGAUGCAGCUCAAAGCCUACGAGAUCGAGAAGCGCCUGAGCACGGCCGAUCUUUUCAGAUUUCCCAACUUUGAAACCAUUUGCUGGUACGUCGGCAAACACCUCCUGGACAUCUUCCGAGGCCUGCGGGAGAACCGCCGACACCCAGCCACCUACCUGGUCCAUGGAGCGAAAGCUCUGAACACGGCCUUCCGCGCCUGGACCCGCAGAGAGGUGCUGGAGGAGCACGAGGACGAAAUCCCUGGCACCGUGCGUCCUGCGCAGCUCAUCAAAGACCUGGCCAAGGAAAUCCGCCUGGUCGAGGUGCGGGGCACCCUGGGCACCAAGGGAUGGGGCAGGAGGUGCUCUCCCCUGGCAUCCAGGACUGGGCACUGUGGGGGGCAGGGGCAGAGGCUUUCCUCUGGCAGAUGGGACUGGAGACUGUGGGGCGGGGGCCGGGCCAUGGGGGGGCACUGGGGUGGGGGGCAGCAUGUUGCAGGGAUGGUAGUGGGCAGGCGGGGGGCUGCUGGGGGGCACUGUCGCAGGGACAGGCGGGGGGCACGUCACUGUCCCCCUCCCCCACCCCUGCGCUCCCUCCCCCAGGAACACCAGCGGCUGCAGCGGCGGAAGAGCCAGGCCAAGCGGAGGGCCCCGUCGCCGAAGGAGCCGGAGCUGGAGCCAGAGCCAGAACCGGAUCCAGAGCCGGAACUAGAGCCGGACCCAGAACCGGAGCCGGAGGCACCUGCUGUGCCAGACGGCACCACCGGGGCGCCCCCCACCCCUGAGCCCAAGGCAGAGCCCUACGCUGGCAGCCUGGCCGACCACGAGUACACGGCCCGGCCCAGCCUCUUCGGCAUGGCCCAGCUCAGCCGCAGCACCACCCCCAUGGCCCCCGGCGUCUUCCUGUCCCAGCGCCGCCCCUCCGCCGGCGCCCCCGGUACCCCGCCCGCUCAGGGAAAGCGCCCCAAGAAGGGGCUGGCCACGGCUAAGCAGCGGCUCGGCCGCAUUCUCAAGAUCCAUCGCAACGGGAAGCUGCUUCUCUGAGCCCCAUGGGACUGCAUGGGGGAGGGGCUUGCCUAGCACCUCCACUGAUUGGCUGCUGUGUCCUGGUAGCCCCCCUCUCCCCCUUUGCCUCUGAUUGGUCUCUUCUGCCCAGGGGGCUCUUCCGAGCCUGGAUUGAGUGGGGCCCCCCCCAUCAGAAGGGAUCCAGACUUCAGCUUGUUCCCCUGCCCCGAUUUUUGGGGUACCCUGGCCCCCCUUCCCCAUGGCAGGACCUGCCCAGGGAGGGAGGUGGCUGGGGGGGCCCUGAGCCCAAACAGUGCCUCCCCUGCUGGAGGGGCACAUAGCGGCAGUGGGUGGGGGGCUGUGGUAGAGGUUCCCUGUUCUGCCCCCUACUCCAGGGGUCCCAGGCUCCCCUGGGGCUGUGGGGGUUUCGGCCGCACCAGGGCUCGCGCCAGGCGUUUUAUAUCCAGGGUUAGAAUAAAAAUCUGUUGGUUCCGCUUG